CCCAGAGUACAUGGAUUGGUACUUGCCUCGGACUGUGAGGUUCAUUAGUCAGUUGGGUGCACUGCAUACCCACCUGGGAGUUGUGCUAGAGACUAUAGCAGCCAGGACAGCAGACGUCCUCCCGGAUAUGUCCCAACUAGCCACUCAGAGUAUGCACCAUCUCCGAGAUCGGAAUGCAUACAAGUUUGAUCCACGUCAAGUUGAGGAGCAGGAUGCUAGACAGGACGGGGGAGGGGAGGAUGCAGGUGAUAGAGGAGGCCGUGGUGGUGGCAGGAGAGGCCGCGCUGGUGCCGGGAGAGGCCGUGCUCGUGGCAGGGGAGGCCGUGCUCGUGGCAAUGGAGGCCGAGGCGGUGGACGAUUAGUUGAUGAGCCGGAUGAUGAUGCUGAUCAUGCGGAUCAUAUAGGUACAGGCGAGGAUCGAGGCCCAGAGUCUUCUGCUACUGCUGCUACAGCUACUGUUGCUGAUGCUUCUGCUGCUGCUGCCACAGCUACUGCUACUGUAGCCGAGGCUUCUACUCGCCCUGCUGCUGCUGCCGCUGCAGCUACUACUACCGGUGCCGGUGACUGGUGGCCUAGUUUUUCUCUAGGCCUAAGUUUGCCUUCACAGCCAGUACCUGAGCAGCAGACUUCUCAGAUGCCAGAUACCAGUACAGAGCAGCCUCCUCCUGUUGUGCAGCGUCAUCACAGGAUUCGGCCUUGGCAUGGUACACCAGAGGUACCCCCUUUUGACUUGGGCAUCUCUUCACAGUCUACACAGUCUACGCAGCCUAGUCAGCCUGCUACGUCUACGCAGCCUAGUCAGCCUGCUACGCAGCCUAGUGUACCCCCUUUUGACGUCUUUUAUGUUCGACGGUCAAAGAGGGCUAAGAAGGUUCCUGACUGUGGUACUGGUUCACAUAGGGGAUGAUGAUAUUUGUAGGUUUUUGAUGACAUUCUAGUUAUAGGAUGCUGAACUUGUGAUAUAUGAUAGCACGGAUCUUGUAAAUAUUUUAAUUUCAUGUCGUAUG